CGCCAUACUCCCCGAGGAUAUAUAAAGGCGCAGGACCCCUCAUGAUAAACAGACUGAGGUUACCUCACAUUUUGUUGCCUUCGUGGAGUCAAGAAUCAGGUCGUCAGGUCACAUGGAGUCCAUCCACGAACCCUCGACUCUCCGCGCUGCGGCUGUAGCCGCUCUUCCUUAUCUCCCUUUCUUCUUGUUCUCCUACUUCGUUGUUUCUUGCAUAAGAGAUUGGUACCGGCUUCGGCAAUUCAAAGGCCCAUGGUAUGCUUCGUUCUCCCGCCUCUGGAUGGCGAUAGCUAGCCAGACGGGACGGCAAUGGGAGCUCUACGAGCAGGCCAACAAGAAGUACGGUCCUCUUGCUCGGGUGGGCCCGAACGAGCUCCUCACCGACGACCCGGACAUCAUCCGUCACAUGUCGUCGGCGCGAACGAACUGGAAGCGCUCAGAAUGGUACGACUCGAUGUCGCUGGACCCGUACUGCGACAACGCGCUCAACGUGCGAGACAACGUCAAGCAUGACCUGCUCAAGUCGCAGCUCUCUGCAGGCUACGCAGGCAAAGAGAACCCCAAUCUCGAGAGCGACAUUGACUCGCAAAUCCUCUCGUUUGUCUCGCUCAUCCGGCGCAAGUACGUUUCCGAGGGCUCGACGCUGCGUCGGCUCGAUCUGGGCAAGACGACGCAGUUCUUCACGCUGGACGUCAUCACCAAGCUCGCGUAUGGCUACCCUUUCGGAUACCUUGAGCGGGACGAAGACAUCCACGAGUACAUCCGGACGACCGAGGAAUGUAUCCCCUACCUGAGUCUCUUCUGCAACUUCCCCGCCUUGCAGCGCUUUGUCAACAGCGGGUGGGUGAGGAGCAUCAUAGGGCCGAAAGAGACGGACAAGACGGGCAUGGGAAAGCUUAUGGGUGUGGCCAAAGAAGUCGUCGCCGAGCGCUACGGCCCCGAUGCCAAAGACCGACGCGACAUGCUCGGCGCGUUCGUGCGGCACGGCAUCUCACCGCGACAGGCGCAGUCGGAAGUGCUUCUGCAAAUCAUCGCGGGGUCAGACACGACGGCCACUGCGAUCCGCGCCACGAUGCUCCGCCUCAUGACAACGCCGACGGCGCUCAAUGCGCUGCGCACCGAGCUCGCCGGUGCCCUCGCCCAAGGCCGCCUCUCCCGUCCCGUCAUCACCUCCGCUGAGGCCCGCACCUUGCCCUACCUCCAGGCUGUCAUUAAAGAGGGCCUGCGCAUGCACCCGCCUUUCACUGGGCUCCUGAUGAAGGAGGUCCCUGCCGGUGGCGACGAAGUUAAGGGGCACUUCUUGCCUGCGGGUACGAAAGUCGGGCAUAGCAUUUGGGCGGCGCAGCGGGACAAGGUCUUCGGCGCUGAUCCCGAUGUGUUUAGGCCAGAGCGGUGGCUGGAGGCGGACGAGACGACGAGAGUGCAGAUGGAGCGGACGGUCGAGCUCGUGUUUGGCUAUGGUCGGUAUAUCUGCCUUGGGAAGACCAUUGCUGCUAUGGAGCUGAAUAAGAUCUUCGUCGAGCUUCUUCUGGCUUUUGAUUUCUCCCUGAUUAAUAUCAAUAAGCCGUGGAGGAGCAACAACUACGGUAUUUGGAUGCAGGACCAGUUUUACGUGCGUGUGACUGCACGGAAGGAAAACGAGACUGAGGCUUGAGCCCUUGAGACAAUAUGAUUACGGUGGAGUGAAAAGUCAUGACGACGGUAUGCAGUUAUCCAUGCGGAAUACAUGCUGAAAACUACACUUAAAAAAAAUGAAAUGAGUUGUAUAUUCAAGAAUCUAUAUCUUCAAGCUACUUAUAC